UAUGUUGACGCUACCAUUUAAAUAUGAAUAUGGCCUCAGAAAGGCGCGAGAGGGCGCGCCGUCUCGCAUCGGUUUGAAUCCAACUUUAUUGACAGCGGAAGUGACGAGCGGAAACGACACACACACGUGUUUUACGUCUUGCAGGCUUUUUUUUUUUGAAGGUUAAAGAAGAAGCACCGGGUCGGUCUCUUGUCCCCCGUCCGCCGGAGAGGGUGCCCCUAGGACGGCGUGUUUUUGUGAGUCGAAGCCGGGCGAGAGGAGACAUGGACCCCAUGAAGGCGCAGCAGCUGGCGGCGGAGCUGGAGGUGGAGAUGAUGGCCGACAUGUACAACCGCAUGACCAACGCCUGCCACAGGAAGUGCGUGCCGCCACAUUACAAGGAGGCGGAGCUAUCCAAGGGCGAGGCCGUGUGUUUGGACCGCUGCGUGGCCAAAUACCUGGACCUCCACGAGAGGCUGGGGCGCAAGCUCACCGAGCUCUCCGUCCAGGACGAGGAGAUGAUGAGGAAGGCGACCGUGGGAAGCGGAUAGAGACGCUAAUAACGUAGAGCGUUGCGUGUGUUGGGGGGGGUCAAAAGGUUGUGGGUUAUUAAGUGGGGCGAGAAAUCAAUAAUGUGAAGAAUAAUCCUGGAGAGAAAGUGCUUUCUCACUGCAGUCGAGGGCGAGACGACGGAUGGGGCUCAAAGGCAUCGCCGAGGACAUCCUGGACCCUCUCCCCGCUCCGCCGGCCUCUCUGGAUGCAUUUUGAUUUAUUUUGUUCCCCUCAGCUCGUCUUCAUCCUCCAGAAGUCACCUGAGAAUUGACAGAAAAUGAGAGAGGACGUGUAAUAUUAACUUUAAUGCAUUCUUCGUGCUGCUCGGCUGCCGCUUUGCAGAAAGUCCAACACCGGCAGGUUAAAACAAACACCAUUCACAUGUCAUAUUUGUUCCCACGUCACCCUUUGAACUUAAGGUGAAUUAUUUAUUUUUAUUUUUUUCAAAUAAAGAGGGAAGUAAACAUGUUGUAGCACCACAUGGUAUUCACAAGUUAUGUUAUGCAGACAUGGUUCUUUCCAAAAAAACAUUAAAAUUCAGCAAGUCAAACCAUACAUAACUCACUGAAUGAGUUAUGUAUGGUUUGUCUUUAUUUUCUUUUAAAAAUACAACACAGUUUACUCUUCCUGUGAUGAAAUGGACUGACCUCGGUGCUUAUGGAUUAUGUUGUGCGGUAUGUGACUGGACCAUGUUUCUUUGACUGUGAUACGUCUUUUGUGUUUAGUUUUUUGACGCAGCUUUUUAUCUGGAAAUUAGAGAAGCUGCACAGUGUUAUUCAUAACAAAUAAAACUGUCAUUUAUCUUUAA